UUAUCGCUUCAUUUUGGCAUUCCAAAAGAAACUUUGAUUAGAAUUUCAGAUAUCAAUGAAGAUGUUAAUAAUCUGGUUAAAAGAUCUAUUCUGUACUUGAAGGAACAAAGCAAUAAAGAUCAAAAAUGGCGGACGGAGAUGAUGAGUUUACGACGUGCACGUGUUAACGCCGAACAACAGUUUAACCAGUUGGAAAAACAGCUCAUAACAUGCAACACAAAGCUGGAGGCUGAAACAAGGAGAAAUGCCAAACUUGCUAAAGAGCUGGAAGAAACAGGUACUUCUCUUGCUGAUAAACAAAAAAGGUUACAAGAAGUUGAAGGAAUCAAAGAAGAUGCUUCAACUAAUUAUUCAAGAGUUGCCAAGUUGAAUGAACAGCUAGAAACUGAAAAACUUGAACUUCUUGCAACACUGGAAAGAAAAAGACAAGAGAUUGAAGGCCUAAAUGAGGAAUGGAAAAAUAUGUCUGAAAAACUAUCAAAUGCAAACUCGGAAAAAUGCAAAGCUGAGGCAAAGCUAGAUGAAAUUCAAAGUCAAGAAACGUCUUUCAUGUUUAAAGAAAAACGCUUGAUGCAAGAAACAGAGUUGUUGAAGAAACAGAAUGAAUGGCUCAAUCAAGAAUUGAAAGCCAAGACAGAAGAACUGUGUACCAUCAGGAAAGACAAGUCAACACAAGUGAUAGAACUUCAAAGUCAGUUGGAUGAGAAGCAAGAUGAGCUUAAGCAUGUCAAGACAUUACUUGAAGAUUCCUACAAAAAGGAAGCUGAGAUGGAAUCAAAAGUAGAGUCCUACAUGGAGAAGUUGAAAGAGGUACGAUAUGAACUUGUCAAGUCUGAUGAACAAUACAAGAUGGAGCUAGCUUCACAAUCCAAAUUAGCUGAUUUAUACAAGAAUGAGGCUGCAGAAAACACCAAAAAGUGUAAAGAGAUGCUGAGUGCUAUGGAAGAGUUACAGAMGUUCUUGAAAAAUGCCGAGGAAGCUCGACUAGAAUCUGAGAGCAAGCUGAAAGAACAGGAAGAAUCGAAUGAAAAAGUUUUAUCUGAAUUAAAUAACAAAAUCGCCAAACUUGAAAAUGAACUUGAGAAUGCCAAUGACCUUUUGCAAGCUGCAAGACAGAGAGGUAUUGCACCCAUGACGUCGGAGAGCUUAAGUGCAUUAUCACCUACUGCCGCAGCAACAAGUUCCUUACUGAAAUCAGGAAUGACUCUCACUGAAAUCUAUUCCCAGUAUGUAGAGGUAUCAGACUCACUCCAGCAAGAAAGAGAUGAAAAUGUUCGUCUAAAAAAUUAUCUGGAUCAAAUAAUGAAGGAACUUGAAGAAAAGGCACCCAUUUUACAGCAACAAAGACGGGACUAUGAGAAUGCUCUUCAUAGUGUUGACAAGUUGACAAUGAAACUUGAAAGUUCACUUGUUGAACAUGAAAAGCUAGCCAUUGAAUCAGAAGACUCAAGAAAACAAUGUGAGCAUCUAAAGAGAGAAAACAACAGAUUAAAGACCCUAAGUGCUGAUCUUAGCCAACAGGUCCAAGUUCUUUUGAAAGAGUGUGAAGAAGCCAGAGCAGGAAAAAUGAUGACAAUGAACACAUCGUCUGAGGAAGUGUCAAGCUCAUCACAAGUCAUCUCUAGUCAUCUUGUCACAUUUAAAAACAUUGAAGAGCUGCAGCAGCAGAACCAGAGACUGUUGGCUGUGGUCAGGGAGCUCAGUGAGGACAAAGAAAAGAAUGAGCAAAGAGGACCAGAUAACAUGAUAACAGACUUGAAGGAUCAGUUGAGUGUGGCUUUGAAAGAACURGAGCAUGUUAAAGAUGAGAGAUCAAGACAGAUGAACAUGGUUGAAGUUAUGGUAAGACAGAGAGACAUGUACCGUGUUCUGCUGGCUAAUACUGGACAAUYGCCUAUUCCCUUACCUACAGACGAAUCAUUCCUUCAGACCAGAUCACCAAGUGCUCAUGACAAGUCUCUUGCUGCUGUAGAACAAACAAGAGAUGCGCUAAGAGAACUACAAAAGCACUUCGCAGAUUACAAAGACGAAAGGAAACUAGCUGAAGAUAAAUUAACUGAAAGGCUCGACAGUCUACAAAUGGAGAAUGCACAACUACGCGGUGAAGGCUCCAAACUAAAAUCCCAGGUGGAGUUUUCAGAAGAACGCUACAAAAUGCUUCAUUCAAAUGUUGAAGGAUUCAAGAAAGAAGCAAAAGCAGCCAGUGAAAAAUCCCACCAGUUAAACCUGUCCAACACAAAACUACAGGCAMAACUAGACUCUCAGUCACAGGAACUUUCUGUGCUCAAAGACAAGUUGAAUAAAUCAGAGGUGACCUGUGAAAAUAUCAAAGCCGAGAAAGCCAUGCUGAGGGAAUCAGAAGUGAGACUGUUACAAGAGAACAARUCUCUCCUGGAACAGCAAAAGAAUCAGAAUUCGUUGCUAACAAAUUUGCGRAGUCUACAGAACCAAUUAGAAAGAACAGAAUUUGAAACACGAACAAGGCUKGAAAAUCAAGUUGAAGCUCUGCAGAAAGAAAGCACCAUGGUAAAGAGAAAGCUGGAAGCAGAGGAAUCACAUCACACCAAUAUCAUCAGGAAACUAGAGAACCAAGUGCAGGAGCUUAGGGCACAAAUCGAUACAGAGGCUAAAAGCAACAGGCAGGCUAGAGACAUGCUGGUCACAAAUACUAAAGAAAUGGAAACUUUACAAACUAAGUAUGCCGAAGCGAAGGCCCAGCAUGAAGCUGCUGAAAGGAGACUAAACAACCUAUUAACAAAAGACAGAGAGACAGAAAAAGAAGAGGCAGACAAAGCAAGGAAGGAGCUUGAAGAGAAGUACAGCAUUUUGCUGCAGGAAGCUGAAAUGAACUUGAAGGAAUCUGAAGCUAAAGUCAAAGGUAUUUCAUCAUUAUGUGAGACACAAAACUAGUACGGCAUUUCGUGACUAAGUCUUUAUGUAAAUAUUAGAGUGUGUGACGAAAUGUUCAUGUAACCAGAUAGUAGUUUUGUAACCAGAGAUAGAUAGGGAUAUAUUCUUACACACAUGUACUGAGCAUAGAUCUCAA